AUGUCUGCUCUUCUCAACGUCGUAGCAGACAACGCCCCGGACGCUAUUAUGGGCAAGGAUGCCGAAAAGGGCGCUGCUGUCCACUCUUUCGACCCAGACGCCUCCCCCCAGGAAAAGGGCGCACAAGCUGGCAAGGGUAAAGAGGACCUGCAAAGUGUCAGGACCCAACCACCCAUUCAGACAGGCAAGUACUCCCACAGUCUCGACAUUCCAAUCUACACGUUUACUGAAUGUGUUUCUACUCUAGAGCUCAAAAUGGAGCCUGCACCGUCGCCCCAGCCAGCAGUGCCUACCAUCGUCAUUGAAGACGCAGGUGGUGAAGACGAAAAGAAACCCAUCGUCACGGCCAAAGAUACAGACCAAGUUGCCCAGGACAUCCAGGACGAGGCCGCAGACGAAAUCCCUGGCUCCUUCAACAAAGGCCCAUAUGUCAUUCCUGACUGGUACAAAGUCGGCUGGCGGCAAAUGUCAGGUAUUGACAAUCCACCCUUGUCCGAGGGCGAGGAACGGGACAAGGGGAUCCUCGACAGGUUCCUCUCAGAGCAGUAUUACGGCACCUGGUAUCAUAAUGCUGGCAUUAUUGUCUUCGCUGUCUUGGCUACACACUACCUCACCGUCUUCAGAUUUGGUUGGGGAUGGCUCUUCAUCGUGCUCGCCGUCUGCAAUACAUAUUACUCAACCUCCAUGGAGCGUGUCAGACGCUACGCACGCGACGACAUUCAACGCGAGCUCGUCAAAACGCGUCUCGCUUCCGAGCACGAGACCGCUGACUGGAUAAACAACUUUCUCGACCGGUUCUGGCUCAUGUACGAGCCCGUGCUCUCGCAAACUAUCGUCUCUUCUGUUGACCAAAUCCUGAGCACCAACACACCUGCCUUCCUCGAUUCGCUGAGGUUGACCCACUUUACUUUGGGCACUAAAGCGCCGCGCAUCGACAAAGUCCGCACCUUCCCCAAAACGGAAGAGGACAUUGUAAUGAUGGACUGGGGGCUAUCGUUUACCCCUAAAGACACCUCGGAGAUGACUGAGAGGCAGAUUCUAGAUCAGGUUAAACCGAAGAUUACGCUCUCAGUGCGGUUGGGUAAGGGUCUGGCGACUGCGGCGCUGCCUAUUCUAGUGGAAGACAUUUCAUUUAGUGGGCUUCUGCGAAUUCGCAUGAAGCUCAUGUCCAACUUCCCCCACGUCCAGGUCGUGGACAUUUGUUUCUUGGAAAAACCCGUCAUUGGAUAUGUGCUCAAGCCUAUCGGUGGAGAAACGUUCGGAUUCGAUAUUGCAAAUAUUCCAGGGCUCUCGAGCUUCAUUAGAGAUAUGACGCACGCGACGCUUGGGCCGAUGAUGUAUGACCCUAAUGUGUUCAGCUUGAACUUGGAGCAGAUGCUUUCGGGUAAACCGUUGGAUGCUGCUAUUGGUGUUAUCCAGGUUAUCGUGCGCUCUGCGCGUGGAAUCACGGGCACCAAAAUCGGUGGUGGCACUCCGGAUCCUUACGUCAGUUUGACCAUCAAUAACCGCGCUGAACUGGCUGCGACGAAGUACAAGAAAAACACGUACAACCCAACAUGGAUGGAGACUAAAUACAUUCUUAUCAACUCCUUGAAGGACCGUCUGGAUCUCAAUGUCCUUGAUUACAAUGAUCACCGCAAGAACACUUUGAUGGGUUCUGCCACCUUUGAAUUAGCUAAAUUGCUGGAGGAUUCAACGCAAGAGGAUCUCGUGUCUCCACUGUUGAAGGACGGAAAGGAACGCGGUGAAUUGCGCUACGAUGUCAACUACUAUCCUGUCGUUGAAGUUGAAGAGGGCAAAGAGGAAUUGCUCGAUUCCACUGUUGGCAUUGUGCGCCUGGUUAUCCAUCAAGCCAAGGAGCUGGAUCACACCAAGUCGCUAUCUGGCGAUCUGAACCCCCUCGCAAAAGUCUACCUCAACGGCGCUCGAUCCGCGGCUUAUUCUACCCCAUGCUUCAAGCACACCAACAACCCCGUCUGGGAAGCCUCAUACGAGUACCUAUGCACGGACAAGAACGCGGCGACGGUCACCAUCAAGGCUAUCGACGACCGCGACUUUUUGAAAGACCCGGUUGUAGGUUAUAUGACGAUUGCCCUGCAGGAUCUGCUUGCGUCGAGUGGUCAGGCUGGGAAGGAUUGGUUCCCUCUGAGCGGGUGCAAGACCGGUCGUGUGAGGUUGUCGGCCGAGUGGAAGCCGCUUAGCAUGGCGGGUGCGCUCCAUGGUUCCGAGCAGUAUGCACCGCCCAUUGGUGUCGUCAAGUUGGUAAUUGACAAGGCGGUUGAUGUAAAGAACGUAGAAGCCACGCUGGGCGGCAAGAGUGAUCCUUAUGUCCGAGUGCAAGUACAGAAUGUCACAAAGGGUAGAACCGAGACUCUCAUGCUCGAAUGCAUGGAUUAUCAACACUUGACAAAAGACCGAUCACUAGGCUCUGUCGACCUCCAUGUGUCCGACCUGGCUACAGAAACACCAGACGACGUACAACACCGCUAUCAAUCACGCGGUGUCAAGACCAUGGCCGACCCUAUACGUCUCGACAAGGGUAACGCGCACAAGGGAACACUCUACUAUUCGGCAGAAUUCAUCCCCACGCUCAACGUCAAAUUCCACAAGUUCGAGACGCAGAACACUGAAGCGGGACAGCUUGCGCGUCAGCAGGGAGGCGACGACGACGGCGGCUACGUGACGGACUCUUCGUCUUCGGACGGACACGAUGUUCCUCCGGGUGUGACGAUCACGUCCGACCCGAAGAGCCCUGUCAAGCCUGCCAAGUCGUCGGAUUCGAUGAGCAUUUCUGGGCAAUCGACCAAGAGCUCGAAAUCCCAGAAGUCGAAUGGAACGGACUCGGCAAGGAGGAACUCUGGAGGGAGUGCACCGACCAGUCCCGUUACACCUGUUACUCCAGCGACGCCAGCGACUUCUACGCCAGAGAAGAAGGAAGUAUUUGUCGAGAUGAGCGACGAGGAAUUGCUUGCCCAACAAUCUGGAAUUAUUGUGUUCCAUGUGAUCUCUGGUAGACUUGCAAAGAAGGGGCGUGUGGAAGUGCUUCUUGACGAUGGGUACUGGCCAUGCUUCAGCACUGUCAAGGCUCGCAGUGUGCACGCCCAGUUCGGUUAUGUCGGUGAAGGGUUUGUCAAGGAAGUCGACUUUGGACGCGUCUGGCUCCGUUUGAACGAGGCGGACGAAAACUCGAAGGAUGAUAUCGUUGCAGAAUGGAAGGGCGAUUCAAAAGCAUUCCUGCAAGCAACCAUGUCGGGUCCACGUACCUAUGAGCUUAUGGAUGAGGAUGGCAAGAAUGUAUCAUCUGUGACCGUCGAGGCCCGCUAUAUCCCUGUUCCCGUCAAGCUGGAGCCACGCGAAAGUGUCAACAACCAAGGCAUUCUGCGUGUUGAUCUUAUUGAUGGCCAUGAGAUCCGUGGUGUUGACAGAGGAGGAAAAUCUGAUCCUUAUGCUGUCUUCCAACUCAAUGGCCAAAAGGUUUUCAAGUCCCAGACUAAAAAGAAGACAGUUACUCCCGAAUGGAAUGAACACUUUGAAGUCUCUGUGCCUUCACGAUACAAUGCGGACUUUUCACUCGAGCUCUUUGAUUGGAACCAGAUAGAACAGGCCAAGAGCUUGGGAACAGCUAAAAUUGAUCUUUCUGACAUCGAACCUUUCCUGGCUCAAGAACGCACUCUCAACCUCGUCAGCCAGAAACACGGCGAAAAGGGUCAAAUCCGCGUGCGGUUAGUAUUCCAGCCUGAAAUCAUUGCCAAAUCGAGGAAGAACACUUCGACCUUUACUACCGCUGGACGUGCGAUGACCACUCUGGGUGGCUUGCCCGUUAACGCCGGAAAGGGUGUUUUCCAUGGUGUCACUGGUGUAUUCAAACGCAGCGGAGGGGACAAGGACGUGGUAGAAGAAGCUGCCGGUGUGCCUGCGGACUUGCCCACUGGACAAGCUUCUCAGCCGGUUGGCGUGUCUGAUCAUAUGCAGUCGGGGCAUGCAAACUUCCCAUCAUCCGAAAGUAAUGGACAUGCAGCUGUCGCCAUCAAUGAGCCAGGCACUCUCCGAGUCACUGUGCUGGAUGCUAAAGACCUUCCUCACCACGACGUCAAACCUUACGCCACGGUCCGCUUGGGCGAUAAGGAGCACAAAACAAAGCAUACCGGCAAAACCGAUUCGCCAGAAUGGAACGAAUCUUUCAUUUUUGCAGCGUCUGCUAUGACGCCCAAAAUGUUCAUCUGGCUUCACGAUCACAAAACUCUUGGGAAAGAUAAAGAGAUUGGCGAGGGAGAAAUCGAUAUCUGGCGUCACAUCAAGCCAGUAGGUAUUUCGUCAGCAGAUGUCUUUGUCGAACUGCGACAAGGAGGACUUGUCAGACUGCGCUUCGAGUUCGAUGCAUCAUCCAAUCCGAACCUAAGCAGUAGUGCUUCGACACAUUCUGGAGAGCAGAUGACGAGGACGACAUCUAUUCUUUCAUCUCCCUCGCGCUUUAGCAUACGAGGACGACGCCCUAACGAGCAUGACGACUCAUGA